GCUGAGUAGGCGCCUUUUGUAUAUCGAUUCUAAUUCCUUUAUAGCAACCUAGAUCACCAUAGUAGUGGGCAUAGUUGAAAGAGAGAGGUGUACAUGGCUUCUUGUUUUGUGUGCCAGUGAGUGCUGGUGUUGAGGGUGUAUGUGUGUGUGUGUGUGUUUUGAUCUAUCCAAAAAACAGGAGAGGAUCGGGUCUGGUUCCAUUGUCUCCCCCAUCAGACUGAGGGCCAUGACCAGGCCUGGUUCUUCUGUUUCCCCUCUCCUCUGGCUAAGAAAAGGAUACCCGUAUAAAGCGGAUCAUCCACCCAUAUUCUCCCUCUUGUAAAUCUAAACUGUUGGAGCAAGGGGAGCCUUUGAUAUUUCCAUUUUCAUAUUUGAGUGUGUGUUGGCAUCCCAUGAACUUUGGCUGGGGCUGGGAAAAACUCAUUUGUGAGGUGGUAGAUCCUUAUGUAAAGUGAAUCAUCCAGCCCAGUUCUCUUUGUGAUGCAUUCAGUUUGUGUUACAAUGGACUGUUAGGCUGCGGGAUGCCCCCAUUGCUCUGUGUGUGUACAUAUGUGGGCUCACAUUCAGCCGCCAGGAAAACAGUAGGGGGUGGGGGGCUGGGAGAACUCUUAAUGCAAAGUCAGGAAUCCUUAUGUAAAGUGAAUUGUCAUUCCUAAAUUCUUCUAUUUUCCUCAAACCCAGGUUGUUGUUACAUGUGAUUGUUAGGGUAAGAGGGUUGGGAUCCGGGCACUCUUAUUAUUCUGAUGCUUAAGAAACUGUGGGUAACACAAAGCAUGCAAAAGUGGGGAGGGGAAUGGGGGGUGGGGAGAGGACUUGGGAAUUCAAGGUGGUGGUACCCAGCAGGGUGGCGAAAUAGGAGGGGGUCUCUCUCUCUCUCUCUCUCCCUCUCCUCCCCCUCCCUCUCUCUCUUCUCUCUCACUCCCCUCCCCCCAGAGGGGAGGGGAAUGAGAUCUCCCUACAGUCACUAACCACCACCCCUACCUCCUCCUACCCUCAGCCUGAACUCUUUGCUUCCGGAAUCCGGGAUUGUUGCUGACAUUGAAUUAGAAAACAUCCUUGAUCCUGACAGCUUCUACGAGCUCAAAAGCCAACCCCUACCCCUACGUUCAAGGGGGCUCCAGGACCCCUGCCAUGUCAUCAUCUUCUUCGUCGCGUGUCUUGCUGCGACAGCAGCUGAUGCGGGCCCAGGCGCAAGAGCAGGAGAGGCGUGAGCGUCAAGAACAGGCUGCAGCCACUCCCUUCCCCAGUCCUGCACCUGCCUCUCCUGCCAUCUCUGUGGUUGGCGUUUCUGCUGGGGGCCACACAUUAAGCCGUCCACCCCCUGCUCAGGUGCCUAGGGAGGUGCUUAAGGUGCAGACCCACUUAGAGAACCCAACGCGCUACCACCUGCAGCAGGCACGCCGGCAGCAGGUGAAACAGUACCUGUCUACCACACUUGGGCCCAAGCUGGCUUCCCAGGCCCUCACCCCACCACCAGGGCCCACGAGUGCCCAGCCAUUGCCUGCCCCUGAGACUGCCCAUGCUACCGGCCCCACAGGCAGUGCUCCCAACAGUCCCAUGGCACUGCUCACCAUUGGCUCCAGCUCAGAAAAGGAGAUUGAUGAUGUCAUUGAUGAGAUCAUCAGCCUGGAGUCCAGUUACAAUGAUGAGAUGCUCAGCUAUCUGCCCGGAGGCACCGCAGGGCUGCAGCUCCCCAGCACGCUGCCUGUGUCAGGGAAUCUGCUUGAUGUGUACAGCAGUCAGGGCGUGGCCACGCCAGCCAUCACUGUCAGCAACUCCUGCCCAGCCGAGCUGCCCAACAUCAAACGGGAGAUCUCCGAGACUGAGGCAAAGGCCCUUUUGAAGGAACGGCAGAAGAAAGACAAUCACAACCUCAUUGAGCGUCGCAGGCGAUUCAACAUUAACGAUAGGAUCAAAGAGCUGGGCACCCUCAUCCCCAAGUCCAGUGACCCGGAGAUGCGCUGGAACAAGGGCACCAUUCUGAAGGCUUCUGUGGAUUACAUCCGCAAGUUGCAGAAGGAGCAACAGCGCUCCAAAGACCUGGAGAGCCGGCAGCGAUCCCUGGAGCAGGCCAACCGCAGCCUGCAGCUCCGAAUUCAGGAGCUAGAACUGCAGGCUCAGAUCCAUGGUCUGCCGGUACCUCCCACCCCAGGGCUACUGUCCCUGGCCACAACCUCGGCCUCUGACAGUCUCAAGCCAGAGCAGCUGGACAUUGAGGAGGAGAGCAGGCCAGGCACAGCGACGUUUCAUGUAGGGGGGGGAUCUACCCAGAAUGCUCCCCAUCAGCAGCCCCCAGCACCACCCUCGGAUGCCCUUCUGGACCUGCACUUUCCCAGUGAUCACCUGGGGGACCUGGGAGACCCCUUCCACCUGGGGCUGGAGGACAUUCUGAUGGAGGAGGAGGAGGGGGUGGUGGGAGGACUGUCGGGGGGUGCCCUGUCCCCACUGCGGGCUGCCUCCGACCCCCUGCUCUCAUCAGUAUCCCCGGCUGUCUCCAAGGCCAGCAGCCGCCGCAGCAGCUUCAGCAUGGAGGAGGAGUCCUGAUCAGGCCUCACUCCUCCCCUGGGACUUCCCCACCUAGGAAAGGAGGACAAGUCAGGAUGAGGCCCCAUCUUUUCCCCCACCCUCCCAUGAGACUGCCCUGCCCAGGUAUUCUGGGGGAAGAGGAGAUGUGAUCAGGCCCCACCCCUGUAAUCAGGCAAGGAGGAGGAGUCAGAUGAGGCCCCACUCCUUCCUCAAAGGAACAGCUCAGUACAGGUAUUUCAGAGGGAGAAGGCACGAGAAGGUGGUGAGAUCAGGGCCUAUCCCCUGGAGAUCAUGGCCUCACCCCUACCCUGUGGGACCCUCCCUUGCCCAAAUAAGGGAAGGAGACAAGAUGAGGUCCUGCCCCUGUCCCCUAGGGACUGUCCUAGCCAAGUCUCCUGGGAAAAGGAGGUGUCAGGAUGUUGCUCCAUCCCUUCUCUUGGAACUGCCAGUUUUGUACAUCCUGGCAUGGAAGAGGAGUGAAAAUGAUAGAGGUCCGACCCCUGGGGGCUUAAGCCCUGCCCCUUUCCCAUGAACCCUGCCCUGCCCUGCCCAGGCAAGGAACAAAAGUAAGGAUGAGACCUGGCUCCAGUGGAGGAGCCAGGCCCUGCCUCUUCCCUAUAGGAACAGCCCAGUGCAGGUAUUUCAGGUGUAGAGGACUCAGUAAGAUCAGGCUACCGUAUGUAGAGAUCACAGCCCCACCCUUGUCCCUUAGCAACAUCCCAUCCAAGCAUUUCACACUUCAGGGAGGAGUGGUACCUAAGCUCCCCCACCUUAACCUGGGACCAACCUGACCUAACCUAGGAGGGCUCUGAGCCCACCUUGCUCUUGGGAAAAAGGGCAGAUCUUGAAGUCUUCUGGAUUGACUUUCCAGACCUAGAUCUGGCCCCCCCACCCUUGGGUAGAGUCCUGCCUUCUUCCUUGAGGGGCAGUUUGCAAAGGUGAUGGAGAUUAGCAGGGACUGAGUCCAAGUUUCAAGAACCAGUAUCCCAGCACUCUUUUUCAAUGUGCAGAGGAACAGGAUGAAGGAAGGGGUUAUUCCCAGGAGUUCCCUAGCCCAGGAGAAAGUGGAAGCCUCCUCCACCCAGGCAGAGGCUUGGAGGAAGGUUUCAGAAGCAUAUUGUACCCCCCUUAUUUGUUUAUCUGAUUUUUUUAUUGACCCCUACUCAGAAGCUAGGUCACCCCCAACCUCUGGCCCCCACCCAGUCCCAUUUUAGAGGAAUCCCCCCAUUUCGGAGUUAUCAAGAGAUACUCCCUGCCCAUUCCCAUCCCUCCUACUACCUACACUGAAGGCUGUCAGCUUUGGAUUGCUAGGGCCAGACCCCAAGGAAGGUAUACUGAGUAGUCUGUAGGUUUGUGAUUAAGAUAAUAAAGUGCUAGGUGUGUUUGAUGCGCUUUUAACUUUGGCAAA